UCAGAAUGUCUGAAAGACUUUUCUAGAAAAUCACAUUUAGUAAAUCACAUGAGAACUCACACUGGAGAGAAGCCAUAUCAGUGUUCAGAAUGUCUGAAAGACUUUUAUCACAAAGAAGAUUUAGAAAGACACAUAAGAAUUCAUACUGGAGAGAAGCCAUAUCAGUGUUCAGAAUGUCUGAAAGAUUUUUCUAGAAAAUCACAUUUAGUAAAUCACAUGAGAACUCACACUGGAGAGAAGCCAUAUCAGUGUUCAGAAUGUCUGAAAGAAUUUUCUAGAAAAUCGUAUUUAGUAAGUCACAUUAGAACUCAUACUGGAGAGAAGCCAUAUCAGUGUUCAGUAUGUCUGAAAAAAUUUUAUCACAAAGAAAAUUUAGAAAGACACAUAAGAAUUCAUACUGGAGAGAAGCCAUAUCAGUGUUCAAUAUGUCUGAAAGAUUUUUCUAGAAAAUCUCAUUUAAUAAGUCCACAAGAGAAUCAUAUUAUAGGAAAGUCCAUAUCAGUGUUCAGUAUGUCAAAAGGACUUUCCAGCAAAAGUGGUUUAGAAGGACAUUGA